AUGGUUUCAAAUGAGUCUGAGAUUCAACAAGUGUUCACUGACAUAGGUGAGUUUAUGGAGGAAAAUAGAGAGUCUGUGCUUGAAAAUAUACCCCUCACAAAUUCUGAUGACUUGAGCUAUACCCAUGAAGAUGUAGACUUCUUUAUUCCGUCUAGCGAAAGUGAGGAAGAAAAAAGGCUGGAAAGCUUUGAUAUGCUUCAAUGCUCUCUUCUGCAAACUGAUAGCAUUGUUAAACUUGGAUCAGAAAUUUCUGAUGAUUCUGUUUUGGAACAAGAUAAAUAUGAGUUAAAUGGAAGAGGCAGUUAUAGCAAUCAAAGUGCACAGACGAAAACUGUGGAGCCUGUUUUAACCAUUUCUAAUGCUUUGCUGGAGAGUAUAAGGGAAAUCGUAAAAGCUGAGUUAUACUUACUUCUUCACAUUAGUAAAGAGUUUUUUAUAAAAAAUGGUUAUAUCAUUAUAAAUUGAAACAAAUUAUUAAAUUUAGAUAAUCUUGAAUAAUUUCUCCGAAAUUUUAUAAUAUAGAAGAUUCAAAUAAUCUAAUAAAAACUCAUAGCAAAUCUAUUAAUUUAAUAAGAGCUAGAGAAAAGUGCCUAUGAGUCAAAAAUUCAGGCUGGAGUUGAAUGCGAAAUUUGUAAAGCUGAUCCAAUUAUUGGAGUGAUAUACCAUUGCCAAGUAUGUGACUACUUCCUAUGCCAAGCGUGCGAAGACAAUGUUGAUCAUAGCCAUCCUCUUAUUAAAAUUAAGUUCACAGCUAAUAAAACAAAGCCAAGAGCUAGCUCAAGCCUUGUUAUCGAACCAUUAAAAAAGCCCAUAAUCCAGCCCCAGCAAGAAAGUCGAAAAAUUACGUAUCUUCCAAUCGAUGUUGAUUACUCAGGAGCCAUGUUCAAAAGACCUACUGGUAAGCAACUCAAAAAAUUGAUAGCCGAUCUUAAAUUACGAGGUUUUACGAAUACCCAUAAAUGCAUGUCAGCUCUUGCUAAAUCAAAAUAUGAUAUCAAGUGCUCUGCUGAAAUUCUAUUAAAAGGAAAGUAA